CCCUUUCCUUUACUUUUCUCCACAGAUACACAUCGACUUCCCUCCGGGCUGUCAAUCCUGGUCGACUUCCUUUACUAGACACGUCGCCCCCAUUGCUUCGUUCCCCGCGAUAUAUACCCUCGUGCAGCUCUUCUCGUUCCACGUCGACAUAAUUAAUACUACUCGACCGAAUACCUAAUACCAUACCGAAAGGCUCCAUUCUUGCAUCUCUAAUACAACAGCUUCGUAUUCCGCCGUCAUCUUACCGCCCUGAUAUCCUUUCCGAUCAACGUACCGUUUCAACACCCGAACCGCACGUCCAGUCGUCUGGGUGAUUGAAUUCGACGACCCCCAAACCGAUUGCGCUGGCCGCCCUAUUAGCAUCUCACCCGCUACAUCCGCAUCGCACAACUUGACCUAAUUCAGUGUCAACGAUCCGUGUACACAUACCAUGGCGGUGGCAUCGAUACAAGACAGGACGGCCGAGUUCAGGUCGGUCCUGACGCAAGCCCAACGUCGCCAGGCUUCCAGUAAAGUCGGCGCGCAAAGGAGAUCGCUUUUGAGCGACUCACAAAAGGCUGCCGCAAAUGGCGACGGCACUCCCAGACGGUCCGAUUUCGCCCGCCAGGCGGCGCAGAUUGGGAGGAGCAUUUCAGCGACGAUGGCCAAGCUCGAGAAACUAGCGACACUGGCUAAACGAAGGACACUAUUCGACGACCGACCCAUCGAGAUCAACGAACUCACCUUCAUCAUCAAGCAAGACCUCUCGUCGAUCAACCAGCAAAUUUCGCAACUCCAGGCGUUGACCAAACAACAACAUCCCAAGGCGGACCAGGAGGGGGAACACAACAAGAACGUGGUGUUUCUACUGCAGGGCAAACUGACGGACGUGUCGGCCAACUUCAAGGACGUGCUAGAGGAGCGCACCAAGAACAUCCAGGCGUCCAAGUCCAGGACAGACAACUUCAUUUCGUCCGUGUCGCAACACGCGCAGGCGCCCCUACCACAGUCGGCUUCCCCCUUGUAUGGAGCGCCCGGCCGGGCGACGCCGUCUCCGGGGGCGGAUUUGCUGUCGCUGAACCCUGCGAGCGACCAGCAGCUGCUCAUGAUGGAGGAGGCGCAGCCGCAGAACGCAUAUAUCCAGCAGAGGGGGGACGCGAUUGAAGCCAUCGAGAAGACGAUUGGCGAGCUUGGCAGCAUCUUUGGGCAACUGGCAACCAUGGUAUCGGAGCAGAGCGAGAUGAUUCAAAGAAUCGAUGCCAACACGGAGGAUGUUGUCGACAACGUCGAGGGUGCGCAAAGAGAACUUCUCAAGUACUGGGGCCGCGUGUCGGGAAAUCGGUGGCUCAUUGCAAAAAUGUUCGGCGUUCUCAUGAUAUUUUUCCUACUCUGGGUCCUCAUAGCUGGCUAGAGCGCAAUAGGGUCGUUUCUGGGAUUCGGUUGUCUUUUUAUCGAUGGGAUAUUUCCGCUGAUACAUUGCGUGGGUGAGUCCUCGCAUAGAUAGACGGACUUGAUACGUCUGCAGACUUGUAAUCAGAACAGGCUCGUGAUCAAGAUCCACAGGCAGGUGCCGAUAUAUUAAGGCGCCUCUUCAAUAAUUUAUUCCUUCCUCUUCAAAUUUCAGGGUGAGGGCACCGUACGAUGUCUGUCGUUGUGUUGGUGGAGAUGGCC